GCACAUUCCACUUCUCUCUCUUUUAUCUAUUAAGAUUUUUAACCGAUUCUUAAGUUAUGCAUAUGUGUGCAUAAAUUGAACUUUGAAUCAUAAUAUCAGAAAGCCUAACCUUUCUCUCUUCUCUCUUACGUUUCUCUCCUUGUCCCGUGCCCUCUCUGUCCUCGGCAGUACUCAUCUCAAGCUUGUCAUCCUCUGUUUUCCAGUAUUCACUGAAAGCAAUUUCCAUUGCCAAAAGGACUUUCUUUUCUCAAUCAGAGUUGAAGUUUGAGAACAAGAAGGGUGCAGAAAUAAAGAACAUGGCAAAAUCUUGCAAGGGCCUAGCAAUGGAGUUGGUGAAGUGCCUUGGUGAAUCCGAUUGCGUUAAGGUCGAAAACCGGUCAUUUAGAGAAUGUGCUGGAGAAAAGAGUCCUUCAAUACCUAGCGAAUGUGUUGGUUUGAGGGAGACAUACUUCAAUUGCAAACGAGGCCAGGUUGACAUGAGAGCACGAAUUCGAGGAAACAAGGGCUACUAAGUUGUUAGUUGUCAUUGUUUCCCAGAUUGGGAAUUGAAUUUUUGUUGAAGUUCUUCUUGUUAGAUUUGUAUCCCCAAAUGACAUGAUUCUGCAUUAUAAUAUGCAAAAUUUUGUAACCAUUGUGGAGAAUGGAUCGAAUGGGAAUUAUAUAAGGUUACUUAUGCUGUUUCUGUAUUAA